GCAAUCAGGGACCCCUCUCAAGAGGGGCGAGUCCUCACUCAAAAGCAUGAUAUUGGUGACACGAGGGCUGAUCAAGUCCAUGUACACCCCUCUCAACUGCUGUGUCCCAGUUGAAGGGGUAACAAUAUGUCAGUGUGCUGCGUGAAUAAGUUUACCCAUCUGAAACCAUCUCCCAAUCAACAGCAUUGACCAGACCCUUUAUUCAAAGCCCCAGUAUCCUCCCACUCAACUCUGCAUGAUUUUGUCAGGGACACAUGUGGUGCACUAUCUUCAAACAUGUAGAGCUCUUUCUGUGCAGGGGUUCGAUUAACCCCCAAAGCACAAAUCACUGCUACCAUACAACCCUUCACACUGGAUAGAUUCUGGCGCUACACUUUGGGUUUUGGCCAUUGAGAAAACACGAGCAAUAUUGGGCACCUCAUUUAUCAAUGUCCCAUGCAUAAUACCAGUCACAAAACUCAGACAUUAUCAAUUGCUCUUCCUCCUCCUCCUCAUGAAUAACGGUUAAACCGGUUGGGCCACAUGUUAUGUUGAUGCCCAGUUUACACAGGAGGUCCCUGACCAUCAGAUUGACAGGACAGUUGUCAGAGUAGAGAAAUUGAUGCUGACACUUCUCCUCACAAAAGGAGACCGGCAGAGGUAUAGUUACAUGCUCUCUGAAUGGGAAGCCUGAAGCCCCUACAGUUUUUACUGUUUCACUAGACAUGGGAGGUUUUGUCAUAGCCUUUACAGUUAGCUCCCGUAUCAACAAUAACUAUUAUUGACUGCAAGCCUCCACUGUUGGCUCGAUUCGAGGAAGAGUAUGGCUCUUUAAAAACAAUGUUCUGGUUGCUCUGACAAUUCUAAUUAAACUACUACUUCCCCUUCCGCCUGUCAGUAUUCUCCCUCCUCCUCCUCUCCCUCUCGAGGGGCCCCCCUUGGGGCUCCUCUACCUCUUGAUCCACCUCUUCCCCUCGGCUGCUGGGCAGUUUGAGUGCAGCUUGCGGCGAAAUGGCCUGGUUUUUGACAGUUGUAGCAGAUUCUUCCACCACUCGCACCCCCUCCAGCAGCUGCUAAUGCGGCCAUCUGGUAGAAUGUAAACUGAGCAGCUUGUAGUUUCUGAGUCUUAUGGUCGCCUGUGCUGGUUGGGGGUGUGCCCUCGAGGAACGGGUUGCGACUCUUUCUGUCCGCUUGUCUGGCUUCCCCAGCCACACCUUUCCUCUGUGGUCUGGGAGUUGACGUCAUUCUCACCGCCAGCAUGGCCAGUCCAGAGAGCAGUUUGUCCACCGCUGCAGCUACUAGGGAAGAUUCAUACGUGAGGGUCGGCACAGGAGUGAACUGUGGAGUUGGGGGAGGAGGCACAGUGGGGUGUAGAGAAGGGCGUCCACUGGGUCUGCUGGAUCGGGUGGAGGCGGGGGAGGGAGGUCAUCAGACACAGGCCCAGGCAGCACUGGGUAGAGAGUGGUCAGGAGAAAAGUAGGGAGGGGGGAAAUCUCUCUCGUCGUCUUUUCUGUUCUUUCUCACUGUCUCGUCUAUCUGUUUUCUCUUCCUCCUCAGUCUGCACUACCAUAUUCUGACGGGGCUGUCCCCUAAAUGAAUCCUGUCUUUGUGUAGGCCAUUCUGCCUCUUUCCUAGUUUCUAAAUUUAACCCAGCCUAUUUGAUCUUUUGUACCUUUGUUAGUCCCUUCAUACUCUGUCAGUCUCUCCCUGACUUUGUCUAACAUUGUUACACUCAGUGUCCCCGUCAACGGAAAACCACCUUCCCUAUCUGUAAUUUCACCUGGUCCAGAAAGUCCCUUUCCCACUUAUCUGCACAUAACUUUCAGGGCCCCCAUGGAAGGAUCUGGAAUGCCAUGUCCCUUGCUCCUGUGUGCUCCCAUGGUUCCUGUUCCACUCACAGAUCACACACACACACACACACACACACACACACACACAGGGGUAGACAAACAAAGAAAACCAGUUAGUGCUGUUUAUGAUGUUAUUUUAUCCAUAUGAACAGGGAAAUUCAUAUCUCCAUUAAAAUAUUGCCUAAUUAGUGACCCCAGAACGGGGUGUCAUCUCCACACGGGGAUAUCGCCUACUGCGAUCACUGUAGUAUAGAUCCUCUUAUGUCUAUCCAGAUAUGCAAAACUUCCCACAAAAUACCCGUGCCUCCUAUCUAAUUGUGUAACACGGUCCCAAAAAUCCAAUCUUACCUUGUAUUUUCUAACAUCCACCUCAGGUGAAGUCCCAGGAAUAACUAAACUAACAAUAGCAUCUAACAAUAGUAACCCAGGGAUGCCUGUUUUACCUCAUUAACAAACAUUUUAUCAAUUACAUACACGUUAUAAUUUGAACUUCACCAAGUCAGAUGCCCUCGCAUGGCAUCACCUGCACUCUAGUCCCUCAUUCAAUGAGCUCACCAAGCCGAGUUUUCCCGCAGGAUUACUUGCGCUCUAGUCCCUUGCUCCAUAUUAACCUCACCAGUCCUACUGUGAUCAAUUCAGUACUACGAACUGGAAUUUUGGUUGCCCUCAACUGGCUGAUUUAACAAUUAUGUCCAAGGAUACCUCACUUAAGAACACUCUUAUCAACUCAACUCAGUCCUGCUAGUCACCUCAGCUGUGGCCCCCCAUAAGGAGGACCUCGCUCUGAGCGUACCCUGAACAGGGACUCCUUUUAUAAAUGUUCUAUUGGUGAAUCAUCUUGCUCCCAUCUCUCAAUACUAUGUUGGGGAUCUGGUAUCCACCCAUGCCCGCUUCCACUCAGAUCUUAGGCAGGUCCAGCUGCUCAUUUAGGAGCGCGGCUCCCCUGAGAUCCCAAUUUGGGGAUCCCCUGUGCACAGUUUACCCAGAUCUUUAGGAGCGACCAACAGGUGAAGUUACAGAUCCCACCCUCGUCGCCAAAUGUAGUAGAUAUUUUAAUCAAUAAUGAGGAAAGACAAGGUCAAUUACCAAUCAGAAUAUUACGUUUAUUCAAAACUUAUCGAAAAGUGAGCUGGUCACAAUACCCACGCAGAAGUGAGUAGAGUGAGAGAUCACUGAGUGGAGUGAGCCUCUGGGUAAUAUACCAUCUCAGGAUGGGUCAGGAUAGGUGCAACCUCAGAGAUAACAUACAAUGGUUCCAGACACUAACUCCACACAUCCUGUGCCAGACCUUAGCCCCAAAUACAAAUAACUAAUUGUUUUGUUCAGUACUAAGAAUUUAGAAGGACAUUUGUUGUUACUUAGCUGUUACAAGUGAUUUGUUCCCAUUCCUCAUGCCAUCCCUUCACAUGGUUUGCAAUAGGUAAAGACACAUAUUCACAUAUGGAAACAAUGUUUCCUUCUGACCUCCUUUGCCCUAUUCUCUUUCUGAAAUUCUGCAUAGCAACAGGGACGUGAUAGACAAGCCUGACUUCUCCCCUCUCUGGGCCCCAGGUGACUGAGGCCCAAAUGAGGGAGGAAGUGCAGCUGCCAACACCAGAGUCUGAAAGGAGACAUUCUAAUAACAAGAGUUCAACAGUUAAAUCAUAUAAUCAUAUUCUGUGUUACUUAGCUAAUUCUGAUUUCUCUACCACCAGCCUUAUUCUAAAAUGGAUUAAAUAAAUACAAAUAAUCAUCAUUCUAUACACAAUACCCCAUAAUUACAAAGUGAAAACAGUUUUUUUUAUAUAAACAGAUACCUUAUUUACAUAAGUAUUCAGACCCUUUGCUAAUCGACUCUAAAUUGAGCUCAGGUGCAUCCUGUUUCCAUUGAUUAUCCUUGAGAUGUUUCUACAACUUGAUUGGAGUCCACCUGUGGUAAAUUCAAUUGAUUGGACAUGAUUUGGAAAGGCACACACCUGUAUAAGGUCCCACAGUUGACAGUGCAUGUCAGAGCAAAAACCAAGCCAUGAGGUCAAAGGAAUUGUCCAUAAAGCUCUGAAACAGGAUUGUGUCAAGGCACAGAUCUGGGGAAGGGUACCAAAGAAUGUCUGCCGUAUUGAAGGUCCCCAAGAAUACAGUGAGCUCAAUCAUUCUUAAAUGGAAGAAGUUUGGAACCACCAAGACUCUUUCUAGAGCUGGCCGCCCAGCCAAACUGAGCAAUCGGGGGAGAAGGGCCCUGGUCAGGGAGGUGAUCAAGAACCCGAUGAUCAGUCUGACAGAGCUCCAGAGUUCUUCUGUGGAGAUGGGAGAACCUUCCAGAAGGACAACCAUCUCUGCAGCACUCCACCAAUCAGGCAUUCAUGGUAGAGUGGCCAGAUGGAAGCCACUCCUCAGUAAAAGGCACAUGACAGCCCGCUUGGAGUUUGCCAAAAGACACCUAAAGGACUCUUAGACCAUGAGAAACAAGAUUCUCUGGUCAGAUGAAACCAGGAUUGAACUUUUUGGCCUGAAUGCCAAGCGUCACGUCUGGAGGAAACCUGGCACCAUCCCUACGGUGAAGCGUGGUGGCAGCAUCAUGCUGUGGGGAUGUUUUUCAGCAGCAUGGACUGGGAGACUAGUCAAGAUUGAGGGAAAGAUGAACGGAGCAAAGUACAGAGAGAUCCUUGAUGAAAAACUGUUCCAGAGCGCUCAGGACCUCAGACUGGGUUGAAGGUUCACCUUCCAACAAGACAACGACCCUAAGCACACACCCAAGAUAACGCAGGAGUGGCUUCGGGACAAGUCUCUGAAUGUCCUUGAGUGGCCCAGCCAGAGCCCAGACUUGAACCCGAUCGAACAUCUCUGGAGAGACCUGAAAAUAGCUGUGCAGCAACGCUCCCCAUCCAACCUGACAGAGCUUGAGAUGGUCUGCAGAGAAGAAUGGGAGAAACUCCCCAAAUACAAGUGUGCCAAGCUUGUAGCGUCAUACCGAAAAAGACUCGAGCCUGUAUUUGCUGCCAAAGGUGCUUCAACAAAGUACUGAGUAAAGGGUCUGAAUACUUAUGUAAAUGUAAUAUUGCCUGUUUUUUUGUUGUUGGCAAAAACAAAUCUAAAAACCUUUUUUGGCUUUCAUUAUGGGGUAUUGUGUGUAGAUUGAUGAGGGGAUUAAACUAUGUAAUCUAUUUUAGAAUAAGGCUGUAACGUACCGUCUUUGUUCUCGAUUCGGAAUAAACUUCUCUUUAUAAAUGUCUGUAUACAGUUGCAAGUGGUACUCCAAAAAACUGAAAAUUUAAAAAUAUUAAAUCCACUUUUUUGUACUGAGUGCGAAAUGCCUCUUGCGUGUGUGUAGAUCUUUGUUUGGGUCACGUGGCUGUGUUGCUUAGAACUGAUAGUUUUUGCAAAUAUGUUGGGAAGUGCGAGAUGUCCUCCAGCUAAAAUGGCGAGGGAACUCCUCACAAAUAUUUACUUUUAUUGGAGUUCCACCUGCAACUAGAAACAGGAGUUAAGACAGUGGGGCCUUCUGAAUUGAUAACGAAGAAAGGAUCACCAGGUAAAGAUUGGUCGAACAUUUGCUGAUUACCCUUAACACUAGCAGCAUGUCAACGGCUAUCCACAAGCUGCAACAGCUUAUGUUGGACUACUUCGUAUGAUUUAUUAGCUAGCUAACGUUAGGUUGCUAGCUAACAUCCUUUUUGUGUGUCUCUCAUUUCCCAAGGUGAAAGACUUGGGUUGUUCUUGAUUUGCGGUGGUAUUUACAUCCCUCGCCUUUGCAACCAUGAAAAACACUGAAAAUGAUUAAGUUACACACUUUCCCACUUGCUACUACACUUUUUCAUAAAUCUAGUGUGUGUUGUAUACAGGUAUUGAACUUGACACGCCUACAUAAUAUCUGUUGUCAUUAUUCUAGGAUUGUGAGGACAGUGCCAGCAUGUCUCUUCCCCACCACCCUGAUCCCGAACCUACAGAGUCACUGGGUCCUGACUGUAACAGUGGAACUCUUGCACUGCUGCUGGAAGACUGCAUUAAUCUGCUGGGCCCAAAUGCAGAGUCUAUGAAACUCGAGGAGGUAGCGUAGAAAGCGUACAUUACGAAAUGAUGUAGUUUGUUAGUGUUUAUUAUUCCAUUCGACACCACCUACACUGUCUGUUUAUGUUGUGUUUAUUUUAGGAUUGUGAGGACAGUCCCAUCCUGUCUCUUCCUCACCAACCUGAGCCCAAUUCGCCCCACAAGUGGGUAACAGUACUGCUGGAAGACUGCAGAAAAUCACAGAGUACUGGCUGUAACAGUGGAGCUCAGUGGACACUACUACCUCUCAAGAGAGUUAGAGUACAGGUGGAGGACUGCAGGAAGAAGCUGGGUCCGAAUGCACAAUCUAUACAAGUUGAGGUUGUUGAUAGCAGAGGAUCAACUCAU